GCCCCUCGGGGGGGCGGGGGCCAGUCGACCCCCCGGCUCUCCAUCGCCGACCUCGUCUCCCGCCUCGACGGCGCCGACGGGGCCCCCACCAGCGCGGUGCCCUCCCCGCCGAGCGGGAUGGAGUGCCUGCGGGAGUACCUCCGCGACCGCGAGCUCCACCCCGAAGAGGGAGACGCGGGCGCCCAGGAGAGGCUCCUCAACCGGUACGACUGGGACCAGACCCAGGACGUGCUGAAGGUGCUGCUGCGAGGUGCUGAGGAGUACGAACGAGAUGGGGGGCGCGGUCUGCGCACGCUCGAGGGCGAGUGGCGCAGCCAGCUCCGCCGACUGCGCGACGGCUACCAGGAGGCGGAGCGCCCCACCUUGGCUCCGCUCGCACCGCAGGCCCCCCCGGGCCUCACAGCGAGCAUCGCCCACCCCUUCGGUGGUGGCGCCCCCACCUGGGGCGUAGGCCCCGCGCCUGCGACGAGCCCUGCCGCCCCGCGGCCCCUGCUGCCGCCUGGCGCCCCCGCCGCCUCUGCGCCGCUGCCCUCCCUGGUCGGGCGUGGCAGGACCGACCUCUACCACAACCUGGUGGGCCCCAUCCUGGCCGACGGCACGCGGCACGCCCCCCCGGGCGAGCGACGCGCUGGGGUCGGAGGGGAGAUCGGCCCCACCGGCGACAGCGAGAUGGCAGCCGCCCUCAAGGACAUCGGACUCGGCAUCGAGAGCCUCGUCAAGCACAACAGUGAGUCCAAGAGCUCCAAGGGCACGCCGCAGGGCUUAGGACGAGAGGAGACGGCCCUCGUCUUCCUCGCGCGGGCCUGCAACCGCUUCAACGUCCAGGUCUGCCCCUCCUACACAGGCACGCCCCUCUACCAGGCCAUCAAGGAGGCCUUCGUCACAUCGAAGGGCGAGCUCUCGGGCCUCGGUUGGCCCACCUGCGUCACAUCACGCCUCGCCCUCGGACUCGCGGGCCUGUACUUCGGCGCACGGGACCAGCACUCACUUCUACCACACUACUUGAGCGUGGCGGACUUCCCUAAGCACUCCCAGGAGGAGCACGACAACCACGUAGUCCCCCAGGACGACCGCCUCGAGGCCCGCCCCCGGGCUCCCGCUACGCUGGCCCAGUGGGUGAAGCAGGCGCAGAACCACGCCAGAUGCUUCGCGCUGAUCUACGGUUGGGAGCACUACCAGGAACGAGCCGACGCCAUCGAGAAGCUGGAGAAGCUGGCCGAGGAGGACUCCGACGUCUUUCCCCGCGAGCGCAUCUACGGCUGGUUCGAGGAGCUCAACUGGCGCUGGCGCGAGGAUCUCAAGGACGUGCACCGCCAGCUCCUUCGGAUAUCAGGCAAGGAGUGGCUACGCAAGGAGCAGCUCGAGUUCAUGGCCCUCACGCCAGACAGUGACGGCAACCCUCUCCUGCGCAUGCCGACUUGUUUCAAGCUCGACCUGGAGGACGCCUGGUUCAGGAAGACCAUCUUGCCACACCUGGAGCGGCAGCACAGCCGGACACUCUGGCGACUCACGCACAAGGCCCUGAAGGCACCAGGAGAUGCUCGAGGCGCAGGUGCCGAACCAGGAGCCGAGGGGAGCCCCCGCAGGGCUUACCCCGCGGGCAAGCGCCUGCCACCCCGGGAGGCCGCCGAGUCGGUCACCCACGCACCCAUCGAUGAGGUAGCCAAGAAGCCCUACUGCUGGGGCGCAGCCACGCACUGUGGCUGCCAGCGGACAGCUGCCGAGUGCGGCCACUCGCACCGCCCUUUCAAGGGCGCCCUCCAGCAGCAGCAUUGGACAGUGCAGGCCCAGCUGAUACGCCGCGGGGGCUUGAAGGGUGACAAGCCCAUCCCCCCGACCGAGGUCGACGGCCGCAUCAAGCAGCUUCGGGAAGCCGCUCACGAGGAGGCAGCCCAGAAGGAGCUCGUCAGCUUCGCCCCCACAGCAGCCGAGAACGAGCUCACGGAGACCUUGCGCGGCCCGGACUACGACUGGGAGCGCGACGUCGACCCCCCCGGGCCUGACACCGCGAGAGUCGUCGAGGACACCACCGCCGAGUCCCCCGAGGACGUUGGAAGGAGGCGCGAGCAGAUCGCGAAGAUCGCCUCGCUCCCCGAGGUAGGUCCGCUCGAGCAGUGCAGCCAUCACCUCCAGUCCUACGUCAAGGGGCGCCUCCUCCAUAGCUCGCUCAGGGGCGAGGACAUCACCGUCGAAGGCGUGCUGGACGAGCUCGUCCGCGGAGGCCCCGCCGCGCUCGCCGAGGAGGCGGGCGACUACCUGGAUCAGCUUCGGCGCGCAGGGGGGGCCCACCUUGGACCCGGCUCGGGCUACGCCGAGGUUCUGCAGCCCACCUGGCCCGCGGACGGCGGCCGCGGGAUCGGUAAGCUCCUCGUGGCCGGCCUCGCGCUGGAGACGGCAGACUACCGCGACUCCAUCCACGUGUCGCCUGGCCUCCGCGAGGCCCUCCAGCUCGGCGACCAGGAGCUGGAGGAGCGCCAGUGCAUGGUCAUCCACAUCGCAGCCGGCCUCCUCGACAUCGAGGCCACGAGAGGGGACGCCCAGGCGCCCGACGCCGCCUGGCCCCCUCCCACCACGGACACGCUUGCUCUCGCAGCCGACCUGAGGGAGGAGCUCUGGGCAGGGGCCUCCGAGGCCACCCGCGCCCUGGGCGAGACCCCAGAGAAGCUUGACAGAGCCGAACGUGAGGUGCGGGGCUACAUACACGACGUACUCCACCCUCAUCAUAAUAAGGACUAUCGUUCGCUUUGUGCGUUCCCGCUCGAGCCCCUCAGCAACGUGAUCCCCAAUUUCAUUCGGGUCGACUCCCUGGGGCGCGUCAACUUCGAGAGCGUGUCAGGAGCAGCGGCCAGCCCAGAGUCACCGAACUGCUGGUUGCUCAUCCACCGACGGCACAUGCGGCUCAUCAAGCUCGGGCCCGACAUCGACCGAGCCACACUGUUGGCGGACUUUGCCCAGCAUGCCAGCACCUGGGGGGGCAGCCCGCCGACCGACUACGUGGCCAUGGGCUGGGAGGUUCUCCUCGACCAGGCGAAGGAGUGGGCGCCCGAAGCGUUCACCCCCCAGCCCAGGACCUGCCUUUGCUGCAAGUACAUCAAGAACAGGCAAGAAGACGGAGCACGUGUCGCCGGGGACGUGGCCCCCCUGGAGCCCCUCAACGACGACUACACCUUCCUGACAAUCGCCGGCUGGGGCCUCCAGGCUUGGAGCCCCUACUGCAGAAAGGAGCACCCUAUCCCCGAGUCCGUCACCGUCCCGGGGGACAAGCUCAUCGCCCAAGAGAUCAUGGACGACCCCACAGCGCGCUACCGCAAGCGCACGUGGAUCGUCGCCCGUGCCUCGCAGCAGUUUGCGCGCUGGAUUGCCAAGCGAUGCUGCGGGCAGCACCGCCACGUGUCGCUGGAAGGCCAUGCUCCAGGUUCGGCAAUCCGGCGCUGCCGCACCUCACAGGUCUACCCCUGGCCGUUCGUCGAGAACCUCACCCAGGGCAUCCUGGCGGGCGUCUUACCAGGAGGCUUGCGCACCUCAGGGUGCGAGACUACCGAUGUGCUGGACGGUGGGGAGGCCCCCCCCCUUGCUUCAAUUUCGGCGAGCUCAUUGGAUUUGCAAGGAGGGAUGGCACAGGAACCGAGGCCGCCCGACGACAGUGCGAGGCGCGUGGGCGACUCGGGGGAGGCCAGGGCGCUGAUCAGGCGCUUCGCCCUCGCCUACGUCGCCUAUGCCAAGGCCCAGCCGACAGGCACGGUGGACGCUUGGAGGGGAGCCGCCGCUCGAGGCGAGGCACUGGUGGAGCUGGCGGGCAGCGUGGAGGAGGGCGCCCGCGCCCUCUUCAAGGCUAGGAGCGACCUGGGCCUGGACAACCUGAAGGGCAUCUUCGACUCGGACCUGGACCGCCACCUGGCCCCGGACGCGCUGCUGCACUUGCGGGACCAGGCCGGGCACGGCGUGGCCGCGAGGGACACGGGCAUCAAGGUGAGAGAGGAGUGCAAGCCACAUCAGAGCGCAGCUGACGUCUUGGACCAGUGCUACGAGGGCUCCUGGAAGGACGUCCACGCCGCCCGUGUCCUCGUCCUCCCCAGGCGCCGACGCGACCUCCUGCAGGGGGCCCGCUCCUCACCGCAAGGAGCGGUCCCCAAGCAGAACCCGGACAGGACGCUCUCCUUAGAGAAGAGGCUCAUCCAUGACCAGAGGCGCGCCAACGAGACCACGGACAAAACAUGGCAUCCUCCCGCGGCACAACCGUUCCAUCGACAGCUCGCCAGGUUGAUCGUCUGGUGGUCAGUGAAGCUACCGCGUAUCCCCAUACUCCUAUCGAAGCUGGACGUCAAGGGGGCCUUCAAGCUGCUCUGGGUCGACCCCCAGGACGUCGGCACCUUCGCCACUGACCUCCCUUGGCACCCGGAGGCCUGCUCGGCGCCCAGGGGCCCUGAGGAGGCCCCCGCACCGCAGACGACCGACCCGGACACGCAGCUCGACCAGCAGGUGCAGCUCUGCCUGGAUAGGGGCCUCGCCGAGGGCCUCACGCUCAUCUCACUGGUUCUCACCUUCGGCUGGGCUGGAAGCCCAGGCGAGUGGACACCUUGGGGCGAUAGCGUCGCAGCGGUCCACAGCCAGCACGCACCGGGGAACUCGGCUUGGGAGGGGCCCUUCAAGUUCCAGUCGUACAUUCUCAUGGACGACCUUGUCUUGGUCGAGCCCGCCCUUGGCAUGCGCCCCUGGACGUCCAGAUCGCUGGCCGAGAAAACCAUCGAGAAGCUGCUGGGUCCAGCCGCCGUCAACCAAGACAAGAAGCACCAGGAAGGCUACUUCUCGACGAACAAGAUCGUUUGGGGACUGGAGUACCGCACCGACGAGAUGCAGGUGGCCAUCCCCGAACCGCGGUUGUUGAAGGGCGCCUACCUACUUAGCGACACGUGCUACGACAGCGGCUACAAGGGCGCGAGGCUCCGCGACAUGCAGGUGUUGAGAGGCACGGGCCCCAGCUGGAUGGCGGCCAUGCCGGCGCUGGCGACCGAGCUGAGAGCAGUGGACGCCUUCCUUACGCCGCAGGCCGACGGGAUUCUGAGGCCCAAGGUCGAGCCGGGGGCGGAGGAAGCAGCAUGGCAGGACCUGUGGGACACCUGCGAGCUACUACGACUCCUCCUCGCCCGGCCCGAGGUAUGGGGGGAGCGCUUCACCGUCUCCAUGUACACUCUCCUGGACGUGCGCGAGCGCCUCGCGCUGCCCGGCGAAGCAGCCAAGGUCGUCUGGGUCACCGCCGACGCCACCACGUCCGUUGCCUUCGGCGCCGACUGGACCGAGAAGAUCUACCUGCGGCAGGACCUCAAGGACUACAAGGGCAUGCUCGGCGAGGCCCUCGGCGACUCCGACGACAGCACUGUCGAGAUCGCUCUCGGCGAGGCCAUGGCCUACAUCGUCCUAGCCGGGCGUCAGGGACCAUCGUGGAGCGGACGCAUCGUGCUCCUGGCAACGGACAACAUGGCAUUCACGAACUGGCUCAAGAAACGACACCCUCGACCUCGACUCGUACGCCACCUGUUUAGGAUUCUGCACUACCUUGAGUGCAAGUACAACUUCAUGACGAUCGGCCAUUUCUUCCGUACCUACCACAACGUCACGGCGGACUUCGGCUCCAGGGCCAGCCAGGAGGAGGUCAAGCGCCGCAUGGACGAGCUGGGCCUCUCGAGCGACGACGCGGCGCACGAGUGGGCGGACCUCGUCGCCAACGGGGUUCGCCGCAGGGUGCUCCGCUUGCUUGGCGGCGACGCCGAAGACGGCCGGAUCGCCCUCCAGCUCCGUGAGGCCCGCCUGAAGAGGAGGUUCAGAGAGGUUCCCCUCGCCACGGCCCCGGGGAGGGCCCUCGAGUGGGGCCUAGGAGCAGGUUUCUUCUCCAAGAUCUGGACGGGCCUGGGGGGCACGGCGCACACCGCGCCCAUCGGCGAGGACCCAGACCCCAGCGCGGGCCCCGUCUGGGCGAUCCUGGCGACGCUAGGCCCAGACCCCACGGGGCGCAGCGCCUGCAAGGCGGCCAGGCAGGCCGCCCGCCUGGGCGCCCAGCGGAUCGCCCUCGACGCCCCGCGGCAGCUGCCUCUGGGCGAGGCCGCUCGCAGUCUGCAGGAGCAGGGCUUCACGGUGAGCACCGAGGACCUCCUCGCGACCGAGGUCGGGGAGCUGGUGGCGCGCCGCCGUGCCCUCCUGUUGGGCACGAGGCACGUGGGCGACGAGCAGCAGGCAUGGACGUUCGACACCCUCGACCUCAGGCGCCCGAUUGCGCCCGCGGUCGGCCCCGUGCUGCAGCCCCCGAGCGCGCUGCCGCCCGACGCAUGGCUGCUCCACGCCCGCUUCGAGGCCGACCCCCGCAUGCGGAGGGCGGAGGACCGGCUCCUCCCAGUGGGCGUCGGCCACCUCUGGUCGGACAAGGGACGCGAGGUGGUCUACAGCACGGGCGGACCCCUCCCGACCAUCCAGGCCGACUGGACGACACACCCACCGCCCCUGAUCCGGGACUUCAAGGGCCCGGGGCACGGGGUCAGGCGCGUCACGCUGGAGGAGAGCUGGCUUGCCGUGGGUGGCACCCUAGAGGACUUCCCCACGCCCCAGGACGACGCCACGGCCGCACAUGUCACGAGGCUCAUCGCGGGCGACACGGGGGCUCGACUCGCCGGCGCCAUCGCCCUCUGGGCGGGAGCUGCCCUUGACUGGGAAGCGAGCGCAGGCGCUUGCUUCGACCUCGACGCGCAGGCCAAGGAGCGUGGCAUGCGCGAAUGGCUUGCACGCUGGAGGCAGGGUCUACUGCCCGGGCGCCCGCCACCGGCCCCCCUCCCACACGCUGCACCGGGGCUACCGCCAGCACGCCCCGGCGAGCCCGGCCGCCACGCAGGCGGCAGCACCCCGGGAGAGGGGGCCGACCGCCGCCCCCCGACGCGCUGCGCCACCUUCCGCCCGGCUGACGGGGGCAUCGACGCACGCGCGGCGGCUCUCGCAGCGGGCCUCGUCUGGCAGGACAUGGGCGGCACCCAGGACGAGCACGACGCCGCUCGCGCUGCGGGGGCGUCAACACUGCCCGAGAUCGCCAGGCCCCCUCGCAAGCAGAAGAUGCCCCAGCUGGGACUUGUCUCCAUUUCGGCCCCCGAGCACCUCGUCGACCUGGCGCCGGACGUCCCGGUGUUCGCAGAGGUCCAGGAGUGGGUCCACAAGAAGUUGGCCAGCGGGCUGGCGCACAGCACCCGCACCAGCUACGGCGAGGCCUGGUCCAAGUGGCUCUGGUGGUGCACCCGCAGGGGUAUCCCGCCGCUGUUCGAGGGCGACUCCAAGAGGCAGGUGACCGAGGACGAGGAGGAGCUCCUGCGCUUCAUCGGCUACCUGGGCUGGUUGGGCAAGGGCAACGGCACCAUCCUCAGCACCCUCUUUGCACUCCAGGGCGGCCACGUGCGGGCAGGAGGCGGCGACCCUCUCGUCGGGAAGAAGCGCAUCAAGGUCCUCAUCGACUCACUCCAGAAGGGCGGCCCGAAGGAGGAACGCAAGCUCGGCGUCACGCCGCGCAUGAUGAUCUGGCUGAAGAAGGAGCUUAGCCCCACCCCGCCGUGCCAGGGAGAGAGGGCCACGAGGGGACCUGACUUCGACUCGGUGGUGCUCUGGGGGGCCCUCUGCACGGGCUUCUUCUACCUCUGCCGCGCGAAGGAGAUCGUCGACAGCGGAGGCGUCGAUGAGCAGAUGUGCCUGCGCGGGGUCGAUGUGGCAUUCCACGACAAAGAAGGAGGUGCUGCAGCUCCUGGAGUAGGCUCGGCAGCCAAGGCCCUGAUCACUUUUCGCAAGACCAAGACGGACCAGCGGGCGUUUGGAGCAUGCAGGACUCACCACAGGGCCGAGGCGGAGGUCUGCCCGGUGGAGGCCCUGGAGCUCCUCCGCCUCCACGCGCCCGAGCGCUUCCAGGAGGGCUCCGAGGGCCGCCGCCCGCUCUUCCGUUGGGCCUCGGGCCGCAUGGUCAAGCGGGAGCAGCUCCAGGCGGUCAAGAGAUGGGGACGCUGGAGCUCGAACGCCUUCCACGGCUACCUCUACGACUCGGAGGAGCAGUCGAGGGGCGUCGCGGCGGCCAUGGCCCGCGACGUAGCCACGCUCCACGCGGUGGCGACGCCCUCCAUGCUGUGGCCGCAGACACCCACCACGCCGUUCGCGAUGGGCAUGAUGCCGCCAUGGCCCGAGGUCGGGCGGGCCGCAGACCAGGGCGCGCUCCAGGGGCCGCCGGGCGGCGGAGGCGGCGCGCUCGCCUCGGCGUCCGCGGCGGCCGACGCCCUCUUCGCCGCGGCCGUGGCGGCCACUACCAGACAGCACGCCGCCACCGCCGGAAGCCUCGCUGCGCAGGUACCGCAGGCCUCGCAGGAGCACGCCGACGACCACGACGUCGACCAUGACGACCACGACGGCGGCAGCGCUCAAGGCGCCACUCGGCCCGGGCGCCUCCUGGGCAGGCGCGCAGCCCAGCUGCGGCGGCGACCCGGCCGCCGCGAGCUCGCAGGGGUCGCUGCUGCACGACGGCAGCGAGCGCUGCAGCCCGUGCGCAUGGCACUACAAGCCGCAGGGGUGCCAGCUCGCGGCCGCCUGCCCGUACUGCCACGCGUGCCCGCAGGGCGAGCUCAAGAGGCGCAAGAAGGCCAAGGUCGCGGCGCUGCGCCAGGGCCAGCCUCAGCCCUAGGCUGCCGCCGCUGGAGCGCAGCGGUCAUUCCCGACCGCAACCCAUCCCCAUCCCCGACAUGGCCAUGGCAUCUCAGCCCCACCAGCCCGUCCUCCCAGGUGGGGGCAGGCCCCGCGAAUCCGGCAGGAGCGGGCAUACAUCCCUACUCAUAGGUGGGCAGGCCUGCCAAUGGGGCCACGGCCUCGCCAGUGGGGAUAGGGACCGGUCGAACGAUGCUCAAGUGAGGCCGCAUGUAGAUUGAGCGGUAUUCUCCGCGUCGGUAACGAAUUCGCCGGCCGAAGUGUCUGGAAGGCCCUGAAAGGGGGCCGGCAUGUUUUGCGUGGUGACCUCUCGGCGAGGGGUCGCGCGGCGCUUCUGAAUUUGGAGCCCUUCCCGGAGCGGAUGACAUGGGGCGCAUGACGGUUCUCAAGAUGAUUGCAUGGUAUGAGGUGGGG